AUGUCGGUCAGCAACCAGCGGCCCGAGGCGGCCGUGGACGUCAGGUUCAGCGGCUACCUGUCCAUCAAGCGCGGACUGCUCAAGGUGGCGGACAAGCGCUACUACUUCAUAGCGCGCCGCAGCCCGGAGCUGUAUUCCUGUAAGGACGAGACCUCCUUCAACUUGUGGUUGGCCUCAGGUCACGCGCUGGACCCGCACGGCGGUGACUCCGUCGCCAAGGCGAGUGGCCUGAGCCCUGUGCUGGUGGGAACCGUGUUGCGCGCCGAUGCUUCGUCCGAGGAAGGCGGCGGGGGAGGGGACAAGGUGUUCUCGGUCAUGAUCGGAUCUGCGUCCAAGUGCAUCACGCUGCGGCUCGGCGCAGAGAGCGGGGAGAAGGCAGUGCAGUGGAUCGAGGCGCUGCGAGAGGUGCAGGUGACCAAGCGCCACGACGGGCGUCAGCCUGGCAAAUUGGCCUCGGCCUCGGACAAGCGGCUGCUACUGCCGCUGAACGAGCACGAUGCGCUUCGGGCGGCGGACUCAAUUGCCAUCCCAACGAAACCCGCAAGUGCCAAGAUGCCUCGAGUGUAUGCAGGCGGGAAGCUGCAGAGCAAGCCUCGCGUGGCCGACGACGACGAGGCCACUGCAGUGUCAACACCCACUUCGUACACCGAAAGCUCGCCCACAUCAGCUUCAGAGAAGGAGGUUCCUGCACAGUCGAGGCCGACGUCGCGCCUGAAUCGAAUGGACUCGUGCUCGUCCACAGCGUCGGGCCAGUCGCAAGGAAGCAAUGCUGCUGGGAACGUGCUGCUGUUUGUGCCUGUAGCAGGGUCCGCGCUCACCGCGUCGGCGUCCAGGAUGGCGAAGGCGCAGCAGGAGCUGGACGCGUUGGUAGCGAAGGGCGCCAAGCUGCCAUCUCGUAUCAAGAAGGAACCAGCGAACGGAGAAGCCAUCGAGUGGCGAUAUGGUGCUCCAGAGUACGUUCUAAUGGACUUGGCGUAUGUGAAAGGCCGGAUGCGCGAGCCAGACGCCACUCCUCUCGCCUCGUACGUGGAAGAGUGCUGCCAGACGUUCAUUAUGGAGGCUACGCACAAGGCGCGCUACGAUCAGUGGCACAGCGUGCGGCAUGACACCUUCUACAUGCAGGUGAACGAUGGCGCGCGAAUCCCCGGCUCGUCGAUCCUCGAAAACGACAUGCUGGGGAUGCUGUAUCUAGGCGACAUUGAGAGAAGUCCAGGUGCAGACCAGGGAGACAGCGACGAAAGUCAGGACCCGCGCGCGGAGCUGGCCGAAGCAUUCCCGGACGGGUUCCCCAUGGAGGUCCUGGAUGUGUUUACCCAGCCGCCGCAAUGCUAUUUCUCGUGGCGCCAUUGGGGCCCGUUCACGGGCAAGUUCCGAGGUGUUAAGGGCGAUGGAUCCAAGGUGGAAGUGCGAGGCUUUGGCGAGAUGGCAGUGGACGCGAGCCGCAUGCGGAGCCUUCGCCUCUUUUUCAAGGAGAAGGACCUGUUCGCUGGUCUCCGGCAAGUCACCGAUCGCGUCACGCGGGUACGACGAGAUACUGCCACGAUGAAUGCCGUUCCGGUGCGGACAGCACGAGCCACUUCUGCUGCGGUGGCGCCGGUCACUUGCAAAGGAUCCGCGCCGAACGCCAAAACCUGCGAUAUCAUUGAAGGACUGGCAAACUUCACACUAGAGGCAAAGGAGCAGCACAGGAAGCAGACGCGGUAA